GAAUAACCGUGAAGUUUGCUUGUUCACUUCUUCCAGGCGAAACGACGUUGUUAUUUCCGGAACCGUUAAAUAACUCACCGCUAUAAAUCUUACGUGUUCUCUCUGUCCUCUACUUGAAAAAAACAAACAAAGUCUAUCGCUUUAGCGUUACUAUUUUCGUGAAGACAGCCUGCGUUAUUGUCGGAAUAAUGUCCCGUGAUGCAACGGCGGUGAUAAAGGCAAGAGUAUCAAGAUCGCCAUUCACAUUAGCAAUUGGUGCAAAACGAAGAACGAUGUCGUACCGACUGACGGUUGCCCUGUUUUUCCUCGUGUCCGGCCUCUGGCCCCAGAUGGUCACGUCGGCCCCAACGCCGCAACAAGAAGAGGGUGGUGCAUUGGCUGGCCUGUUGGAUGCUGACAGUGUGGUGAGUGCCGGCCGAGAUGACGGGAAGAGCGAUGAAGCAACAGAGUUCAGGUAUGGCGGAUGGUGGAAUGAGGGAGAACCAGCAAAGCCGCCCGAUAUCCGUGCCCGCAACCAACACCCGACUGGCCCCAAAUCACCACCUGAAAUUCAUAUCAUCGACAAUGUCAACCUUCUAUUCACCUCCUUCCAAGAUCACGCACAGCAUGCCUCCAGCACAACCACAUCCAACACAUCCUCGCUAUCGACACCUUCACCUCCAGCACCAACAAGGACCAUAACGCCACGUAGCGUUGACCAAGAUGAUCAAACCAAUUUUGUUUUCAACAUCGUCAUUCAGAAGGAAAAGACUCAGAAAUCGGCUUUCAUUGCACCCGAUGUUACCUGGCUAAGAGAUUUGGUUCCUAAAGUGGUCGAUGUCGUCGAUAAACCCGACACCGCCAUCAAAGAAACAAUUUUCAGCGUCAUGGACAAACAGAGCACGGACGAAGAUCGACAGAUUUUGGUCAAUGUCGUCAAAGCUCAAGUCGAUUCAGAGGAAGAAGUACCGCAAAUCCUCGCCCGUCUUCGCAAUCUGAUGCAAACGGGCGAGGGCGUAGAUUUAGCUCUCGUUCGAAACAGCAGUCAAUCUCAAUAUCAGCCUGUCAUCAUCAACGUUGUCAUUGUUAACGUACUCAGCGUCAAUGUGGUCAACGUCAUAAUUCCAGAUCCUACUUUAAAUUUGAAUUCAAGUGAACAGGCCAGAACACCCGACUCUACCAUCGACGAAGACUCUUACAUCGAAGCUCUCAGAGAAUCGCAAAGAAAUCGCAAUAAAGAAUCAACUCUAACGAUGAAUCCACCACAUCCCCAUCAGCCGGAUGAGAAACAUCAACCACAUCACGGUCCGCACGUCAUCAGUCCAGUUGCUACGACACAACAGCAAUUCAACGGGUUUUACUUGACCGAAGUGCCGACGCAAGGAUAUGUUUCAACAGGUAGACCGUUGAUGGCCAUGGAAAAAGAAUAUUUACGCAGCUAUGACGUUGAACUGCCCAAACAGCAAUCAGAUAACAUGGCCGACAAACAAGAACGUCCCGAAUCGGAACCGCUAAUCGAUCGCAAAGUUGGCGCGGUUAAAUCACCAACCGGGCCGUACUUCACGAACAUAGCCGACAAACCAGCGAAGAUAGAGAUCCUUGAUGUCAACAAGGUUGCAAAAACGAACGUACGAGAGACUCCAAAACCGGAAAACAGGCCGCUUAAGGUCAGAGCUCCGGGAGCGUUAAGCACAAUGACAAAUAAAGCGACUAGCGCUGUCAGGAACCAAAUCCGAACGAUUGGUUUCGUCGCCAUUCCGAUGUUAGCGGGUUUGGCCAGCACGGUCAAUGCUUGGCUGCCCGCCAUGGCGCAGCUGGGCCGUCGUAGAAAGAAGCGCUCAAUGGAGUAUGAACAAUACGAGGAAGACUGGCAACCCAAUCCGAAAUUCGUUGGUACCGAUGACCGCAGACGGGCCAUACAAGACGCUCAAGUGCUGGCUCUUUUGAUGGGCAAACGCUACAUGAAUGUCAGCAAAGAAUCGUUACAAGAAUCGAUUGAUAAUUGGAAAAAUCGCGACCAGGAAGCAGCGGCUGCGAUUCCACCUCAUACGACCGAUCCUAACAAAUUGGCCAGCACCAAUCGGCCAUUGUGGUUUCAAUUCCAACGGACCAACAAUUCUUCUGCUGCUGAAUCGACCGUUAUCCCGCCUACUACCACGGUAGCGCCGUCUACUGUUAACCGACCGAUUUACUAUGAAGAAGAUACUCAGACCAACAACAAUGAAAACCAUUCGCCUUUAUUCUAUUCGGCGGCCAGCGCAUUAGAUGACAUCCUGGAAAACAGAGAGAUGGUGGAAUACUACGACGACACGGGGCCAUCAACCUCUUCGUCAGGUAGCACGUCGACCGAAGCGGCCGAUUAUGAAGAAAAAGAAACGCAGUCAGAAGAGAACGUUGCAAUGGCGUAUCAAGAACCAGUGACGCCGCAUAUUCACAUCCUGCCCGACACUUCGCCAUCCGGCGAUGAUUUCGACAUAGUGGCCAAUUUCGUUCAAGCGAUGAUGAUGAACGGCAAUAAUAAAAACAUCCCACCUGUAAACGGGCCGGAAAACAGAGAGGAUAUGGAUGGACCGGAGCAUAGAGAAGAUAUCGAUGGACCGGAGCAUAGAGAAGAUAUCUAUGGACCAGAAAUCAUAGAAGACGGACCGGAGCAUAGGGAAAACAUAUUCUUCGUCAAAGCGCCGUCUAUUGUGAAUACGACGAAGACUACUGGCCCCACCACGACAAAGCCAACAACAGGAGCUACUCGAGUACCACCCAUCGGAAGUGGAAGUACUCUUAGCCUCUUCGCAGCAGAUCCGAUCAUGCCCAAUUGGACCAAUACUAACGAUAGAGUCACUAACAGUCCAGUCACUUACGUGGCCAUCAGGGCACCACCUGUUCAACCGAGUCUUUCUAGGUUCCCGAGUCAAAGUACAACGACGACCACGCAAUCUUACGAUUACGACAUCGCCAAUGUCAAUGACAGCAAUGAUCCAAUGUCUAACGAACAAAUGUCGACGCCUCUUCAAUUCCAUGAAGACGACUCGGGUAUUACGUUCUUUGUUUCUAAAGACGUGCCCUCACGGAUCACAUCAACCGCAUCCUCCACUUCUGGAUUGACUGAAACGAAACCAACCAGCACCGGAAGGCCUUUAUCGCAAUGGUUUAGCGAUCCGUUUGAAAAUGGACUUUUUGUUGGUUCUGGUACGACCAAUACGAUCCGACCGGCAUCAUCAUCUACCACUUCAUCAUUUCCUACCCAACCGGCCACUCGGCCAUCAUCGGCAACGUCCAGCUUCCAGUCCACCGCACAACCCACAAUCCUGCCUACGUCAUCGACGUCCAUCACCCAGUCAACAUAUCCACCAGGAACUCGACCAACGUCACCGACUUUCAACUCACAGUCCAGUACUUCAAUCCGACCAACGACAUCAAAUUUCAAUCCCCAAUCCAGUAGUCCAUCCGCAAGCCGACCAACGACAUCAAAUUCCCAGCCUAGUAGUCCAUCCACGAUCCGACCAACGACGUCCAUGUUUAAUUCACAAUCUGUGACUCGUCCUGUUGGACCGCCGCUCAAACUCCAAUCCAUUUCACAAUUUGGAAACCGACCGUCUGCUUCCGUGUCGGCCAAACCCCAAGCCGGCCGACCUUCUUCGUUGUUGACCAUGGCCAGUUUCACUGCACCUCCUCGGCAGAAACCAGCAGUUCCUCCACCGGUUGAAGUGUCCAAUGGUAUGUCGAAAUACACAAAAGUUCCCAGCGCAGUGACGACUCCUCCGGUCCAGGAUUUGAGCACUUUGACGGGGGAUUCUGCGCUCGUAUCUGCCACCGUUGAAAAGAACAAUAUCUUGGCUGGAAUAGUCAAAGGAGCUGCACUGACCAGUCCGUUACCUCAACAAUCAACUGGCCAACCGACGACCACGAUGGCUGAGACGAGUGACGUCAACCAAUUGUUUGGCGGUUACAGUAGCACGUCGAGUACCAGCCGUCCUGUUUCGACGACAGGCGUCUCUUCGGAGGAACUGGACAGUACAUUAGAUAAUUUGGUAACACAAUUGGAAAUAGAAGCAUCCGGUUUGGUGUCCACCAAACGACCGAUCGGAGGACUUCAUUUCAUAAAUACUUCGACGGACGUUGUCAUCAUCAAUCCUUACGACGUGACGCCAAGUUCCAUCUUCUCUCCACUGCAAAUGGAAUCCGGUGAAGCUGAAAUGGAUGAUGAAACCAAUGAAUCUUCUGAUUCAAUAGUCGUCGAUGCAGAGGCAGGAAAUCAGCCGGACUCUGUGCCGGUUGUUUCAAAUUUGGCCAACUUUUUAUUCGCUUCAUCUGGCAGCAGCUCGUCCGGAUCAUCCGGUUCCUCCGCAUCCAAUGACGGUACAGUAAGCGGUGCAGGUGUUACGAGUUCUACAUCAGCCUCGUCAGUCGAUCCCUUUGCUCUUUUCUACACUCUCGGAUUGGCUUCGGCCGGCAUUUUGGCUUUGACGUUGCCCAUUUGGGUCCCAUUGGUCGUCGCCAAGAAGAAGAGACGUACAGGUAGUUACGGACCGAUUAAAAAUAAGGAGAAGAAGAAGAAGAAUCAAUAUCCAGCUAAAAAGAAGAAAACAUCCGGUUAUGCACAAAAGAAACCGACGUAUGGAGAACCACCUCCCAAUCAUUACAAGGAUCUGGAUGAAGACUUGCCUUAUCACGAAGACGAUUAUCCAGCCGUUCCGCCCAAUCAUCCGACCUAUCACAGCACGACCGUCGAAGACUUGUACCGCAGUGGAGUCAAUCAAGAUUACGCUGACACGGACGUUGAUCAUUACUCGACUCUAUAUCGUGAUUUGUUUUCGUCCAAUUCGGACGACGCUUUUCACGAUGCAGGACCGUUGAAUUCGGAGGACGUUUACGGACCUUCGACGUCGACUUACUAUGAUGGAAAAAAGGCAGCGCGGCGUCGGCGCAGCAUCGCAUCUAAUAAACGAUUCCAUUAAACCCUUACCACUACGUCCUUCACGGCUGACAACAGCCCCUGUUUGUGCCUCUCCUUAAUUUAACAACUGGGAUUGCCCUUAACCCGUUGCACAGCUAAAAUCCUUACCCAAUAUUAGACGUACAUAUAUAGACUGUUGUGCAUAUAUUUAUUAGAAAGUCUGAUAUUUAUACCUGUACAUUAAUCCCCCUCAUCCAUAAUCUCAUCCACAUAAUAUCCUACACCAUCCAAUCAUUCGUGAUACCUGUUGUUUCAUCCAUUAAUAUUUUUUUCAUACAAAGUUUAGUGACUUGAUGACCGAGACGGACUGCUCUGAACAAUGCAUGUGUUUUCACUUUCAUAUCGAAUAAACCCCAUCGUAUUUCG